AUGUUACAAAGAAAAUAUUUUCAAGAUGGUGGACAAAUAAAUCAAAUUAUUUGCGCGCUCUUGAUAAAUUUGCCCGUACUAUCUUAUGGAUGCAGUGUUGGAUGGAUGUCACCUAUGACACUACUUCUUCAGUCAAAAGAUUCACCCAGAGGAACCCCUUUAACUGACUUAGAGGUAUCAUGGAUGGCAUCAGUUCCAUACUUGGUUUGCAUCCCAUGUGAUCUUCUUAUGGCCCUCAUAACAGAUAAAUGGGGAAGGAAAACUGCCUUGAUACUUAUAUCGAUAUCAUCAGCGGUUAGUUGGAUCCUUCUCCUCUCUUCUUUCAACACGUGGGUCCUGAUUCUGGGCCGAGCGUUAGUUGGGAUUAGUAUGGCAGGUUCCUACGUCACAUGCCCUAUUUACACCAAGGAAAUAAGUGAUGACAACAUUCGAGGCGCCCUGGGAUGCUUGGUCAUCCUUUUCCAAACAACCGGCAACCUCUUUUUGUAUAUUAUAGGCGAUAUUUUAAGUUAUAACGCUAUACUUUGGAUAUGUCUGGCUAUUCCUGGAAUACAUAUACUGUUGUUCAUAUUAAUGCCUGAUUCCCCUUCUUACCUGCUAAAGAGGGGAAGGAUUGAGGAUGCCACUAAAGCCUUAUCAUGGCUGAGAUGUAGACCAGCAGGGGACCCCAAAAUCGAACAAGAACUAGAUUUGAUCAGGGCUGAACAGGAUAAAGAUGAAUCUAAGAAUUUUCUACUGAAGGAUAUAUAUCAAGACAAAAUUCUGUUCAGGGCUUUUAUAAUAGCCAUGGUGACGACCCUCUCCAGGGAAGCUUGUGGUGCGGUGCCAGUUCUCAAUUUCGCAGGAGAGAUCUUCAGUCUAGCAUCCACUGACAAUAAGUUACGGCUUAGUCCAAAUCAGCAAGCUAUGCUCUUGGGAGGUGUUCAAGUACUCGGUUCAGCGUUGGCUUCCAGUUUGGUCGAGAAGUCUGGGCGAAAGCCGCUGCUCUUCACAACUUCCCUACUAUCUGGUAUCAGUAUGUGCACACUGGCGUCUUGGUUUCUUCUUCGUGAAUAUGGCAUCCUAGCACCAUCCUGGUUGCCACUUGUCACGCUGUGUGUUUGUAUCUUCUGUGAUUCUUCCGGUCUACAACCUAUGUCGGUAGUCAUAACGGGAGAAAUAUUCUCUUUCAGAUACCGUGGAACAGUUUUAGCAAUAACUAUGGCAGUAGCAUCGUUAUUUGACUUCAUACAACUAUUAUUUUUCAAGUCUCUAGCCAAUGCUGUGGGAAUCCACGUGUCAUUUUACUUUUUUGGUAUUCUUUGUCUUCUGAUGGCUCUCUACGUUAUAUUGGUGAUACCAGAAACUAGAGCUAGAAGUCUAGAAGAUAUUUACAAAGAUCUCGUGAAGAAGAAAGAUUUGAAGGGAAUUGUUGAUGACAGAUAUGUUGAAACAAAAGACAGAGAAGUUUCACGAAUUUGA